AUGUGGAAGCAGUGCAGGACCUUUGCUCUGGAGAGCGGGUCAUUGAGCGACAAAGAGAAGGAAGGGAUCACGGCUAUAUGCAGUGGCAAAAGGACAUAUGCAGGCUGUGCUGAUGGAAGAAUACACUGCUAUGACGAUAGGAGACUGUAUUCUUUGCAAGCUUUUGAGCUUGAGUUUGAUUAUCUUGAGAGCUGUGAUGUUCCUGAAAAGAUUGUGGCGAUUGAAAGGCUAGAAAGUGGAGGCGUUGAUGAGCUUUUGGUUGUUGGGAAUGAAAGGAAUCUGAAGGUAAUGAGGAUCAGGAACAAGGGCGCCACAAGAGAUAUAAUUGAAGGGCGGCUUUCUGAGUGCUAUGAUAGUGUGUGUGUGAAGGAAUGCAAAAAUGUGCAUCCUUGCAUUCUUAACAGUCUUAGCUUGAACAAUGAUGAGCAGUAUUUGCUGUCAUCUGACUAUCUCAAGAUCAACCUGUGGAAGCCUGAACGGAUAGAUGGAUGCUUUACGGUUGUGGAUAUAAAGCCGCAUAAGUACAGUGAGUUGACAUUUGUUAUCAACUCAACAAAAUUCAGUAAUGAGAUGAACAUGGUGUUUGGAUACUCUACAAGCUCUGGUGGAAUACACAUUAAUGAUCUGAGAGUUUCUUCGAAGUCUAUGGAGACUCUGCGGAUGGAGGGUGCGGAGAUGGAAGGAAUAGAGGGUGCUGUGAGAUCGAUCUCAGACUUCCAGUUUGUUGAUUCAAGCCUAAUAAUCGCAAGAAGCCUGAACUCAGUUGCUUUGUAUGACCAGCGGGGCACUAAGCAUGAAGUUUUCACCACUGUUUUGUGCAGUGAUGCUGAUGAGAUCAAUGCUGUGUACGAUUCAGAUGCUGUGUAUGCAAAAUUCCGGGUUUCAUGCACAAGCAUGCAUGGGUUUACUGGAGGAUUUGGUGAUUGUGCCCAUGCAAUCAAUCUUGUUGAUGGAGAAAAGGAAGAUGUGUUUGUAUCACAUCUGCAGAAGGAUUCAAAGAAGGACAAGCUCAAGGUGGUGACUUCGCAUGGAAAUGGGUUUAUUGUUGUCUGUGAAGAUAGGAUGAUGGAAUAUCAGCAGUGCGAAUAG